UAUUAUUUCAUAUUAUUCUAUUUAAAGUAAAUAAGAAAAUGUCUGAUUUUCUGGAUAGUGAAGCUGAAGAAUCUGAUGAAGAUUUUGAAGAUAUUCAACCUAAUGAGCGCAAGGAUGAUUCAGAUGAUGAAGAUGAAGACGAAGAUGCAGGAAUAGAUGAAAAUGAAAUUAAUGACAUUAUUAACGAUGAACCAGAAGAAGAGCAAGAUGAAAAUAGUGAUGAAGAUGAAGAUUUAUUAAGUAGUCGUAAAAGAAAACAUGAGAGCGAUGAAGAUGAUGUCGAUGAAGAUGAUCUUGAUCUAAUUCAAGAAAAUACUGGAAUUAAAAUUAGAAAAAAAAAGCACUCACGUGUUAAAUUAUUGGAUUCUGAUGAUGAGGAAGCUGAUAGGCCUCCACAAAAUGAACGAGAUAAAAUAGCUCAUGAUAUAUUUGAUGCAGAUGACAAUGAUGAAGUAUCUGUUUUGUCCGAUCGACCAGAAUCAAGACAUUCACACAGUAGCUAUAAAGCAGUAGAAGUUGGAGAUGAAGAAUCAGGAGAUGAAGUUGAUGAUUUUAUUGUUGAUGAUGAGGACCAACCAAUAAGAGCUAAGAAAUCAAAAAAGAAAAGUGUAUCUGGGAGAUACACUGACAGUGCAUUACAAGAUGCCCAAGAUAUCUUUGGAUUGGAGUUUGAUUUGAGUGAAUUAGAACCUGAAUCUGAUGAUUUAGGUGAGGGAGAGUUUGAUGAGGAUUUAGAUGAAGAAGAAUUAGCAGCUAAAAUAGAACAACGUAAAGCAAGGAAAAAAGCUUCUCGUAAAAGUAUUUAUGAUAUAUAUGACCCAACUGAACUGGAGCGUAGUCAUUUAACACUUGAAGAUAAUCGUAUUAAGAUCACUGAUGUUCCUGAAAGAUUCCAACUUCGAGCCAUUCCUGUUCAACAAGUUUCUAAUACAGAGUUAGAAGAAGAAGCAGAAUGGAUUUAUAAGCAAGCAUUUAUGCAGCCACCUAUAUCACAGCAAAAUUUUCAGGAUCCAGUUGAUGCAACGAAGCAGUAUGUUGGUUUUGAACCAAAAGGUGUAACAGCAAUUCCGAGGAUACGUGCAGCACUUGGUUUUAUGAAAAAAGAUUUGUUUGAGGUUCCAUUUAUUGCUAUGUACAGAAAAGAAUAUGUUGAACCAGAACUGAAAAAGGAGGACUUAUGGAAAGUUUAUGAAUGGGAUGAAAAGUAUACACAGUUUUCUCUACGAAAAAAUAAUUUGAAACGUCUUUUUAAAGAUAUGCAAGCAUAUCAGUUUGAUAUUAGUAAAAAAAAUUCUGAUGAACCAUUAAAAGAUGAUUUUCGACUUUUGGAACAAGAGGAUAUUGACCGGUUGGAAAAUGCCCAAAGUUUAGAAGAAUUAAUGGAUAUAUAUUUGCACUUCCAACUGUAUUAUGGUGAUGAUGUUCCAAACAUGCAUGAAUGGAAAAAGCAAAAGAAACCACAGAAAAAAACAAAAAAGAAAGUUGUACGUGUUAAAAAGGUAAAAACAAAUAAAAUCCAAGAAGUUGACCCUGAGACAGGUGAAACUGCAACUGAUUCAGAAAACGUUACUUUAUCUGGAGAAGUGAAAAAUGUAGGAAAAUCUAGCGAAGACUUAGAUAAUGAAGAGGAUAAUGAAGAGGAAUACGAAGAAAAAGAGAUAGAUGUAACUGAUUCUGAAGCAAGUGAAAAUGAUCUUGCGGUCAAAAAAGAAAAUGUAGAUAGAAAGCUUCCAAGAAAACGAACUUUGUACACCAUAUGUAAAGAUAAUGGAUUGUUAAAAAUGGCAUCAAAUUUUGGUCUGACUGCUGCACAGUUUGGUGAAAAUUUAAGGGAUAAUUACCAGAGACAUGAGCCUAUACAAUUUUCACAGACACCACUUGAGGCUGCAGAAUCACUAAUAUGCAAUACAUUUCCGUCUGCUGAAGCAGUUCUAACAGGAGCUCGUCAUAUGGUGGCUAUGCAAAUUUCUCGUGACACACUUGUGAAACAAAAUGUCAGACAAAUGUUUAUUGAAAAUGCAAAGAUUUAUAUAACACCUACUAAGAAAGGAAAAAAAGAAAUAGAUAAUAAUCACCCAAAUGCUCCAUUUAAGUACUUAAAAAGCAAACCUUUACGAGAUCUUCAUGGAGAGCAGUUUUUAAAAAUGUGGCAUGCUGAGCAGGAAAAUCUUGUCAAAAUGAGAAUUAUGAUUGGUCAAGAGCAACACAAUCAAGGAUUUUCAUACCUUGAUGAAAUAAAGCAAUUAUAUCAUCGGGAUGAAUUUAGUCUACUGGUGCAAGAGUGGAAUAAACAGCGCUCUGAAGCCUUAUCUUUAGCUCUUAGUAAAAUGUUGUAUCCUAUGUUAGAAAAAGAACUAAAGGCCAAGUUACUUCGUGAAUCAAUAGACUUUGCUAUACAGGCUUGUACUAGAAAAUUGCACAAUUGGAUAUCUGUUGCACCAUACCAGCCUGAUAGUAACCAAGAAGGAGAAUACUCCACAGAUAACGAGUCAUCAUAUGGAUCUCGUGUUUUAUCAUGUUCAUUUUUACCUGAUAGGAAUGCUGUUUCUUUCUUUGCAAUGCUAGAUGCAGAUGGACAAGUUGUUGAUUUUCUUCGAUUAAAAUAUCUUUUAUGUAGGAAAAACAGUGUCAAAAAAUCUGAACAAGAUGCAAAGAUAAGUGAUAUGAACAAGUUAAAGGAUUUUAUACGCAAAUAUUCUCCACGAGUUGUUGCUGUAGCAGCAGAGUGUUGUGAAGCUCAACGAGUAUUAGAUGACAUCACUGAAGCUGUCCAGGAAUUAGAGCAAGAUCAUCAGAUGCCACAUAUUUAUGUAGAGUUAGUUCCUGGAGAAGUUGCAAGAAUUUAUCAAAAUUCCCCUAGAGGAUUGAUGGAAUUCCCAGAAUAUCCUGAGCUGCUUAGACAUGCUAUAUCAUUAGGUCGUCGCAUUCAAAAUCCGCUUGUUGAAUUCGCUGGACUCUGUAAUUUUGAAGAAGAGCUAACAUGUCUAAGACUUCACCCCAUGCAGGAUGUGUUACCAACUGAUUUACUACAGAGGCGAUUAGAGAUUGAGUUUAUCAAUGAAGUGAAUCUAACUGGUGUGGAUAUUAACAGGGCCUUAGAUUUUCCACACAUGGCUGUUUUGACCCAGUUUUUGUGUGGUUUAGGUCCUCGUAAAGCUGGUCAUUUACUUAAGACAUUAAGGCAGCAAGGAUUACGCUUAGAAAAUCGUUCUCAAUUGGUAACAGUAUGUGAGAUGGGAUUGCAAGUAUUUCUUAACUGUGCUGGGUUUAUAAGAAUUGAGCCUUCAGAAGCAAAUGAUAAAUAUGAAGUUCUUGAUGGCACUCGAAUACAUCCAGAAACUUAUGACUGGCCAAGAAAGAUGGCUAUUGAUGCACUUGAAUAUGAUGAUGGCAUGGAAGAAUCUAAUCCAUCUUCUGCUGUAGAAGAAAUUUUAGAGCAACCAGAUAGGCUCAAAGAUUUAGACUUGGAUGCUUUUGCUGAGGAGUUAGCAAGGCAAGGUUAUGGAAACAAACAAAUUACAUUGUAUGACAUUAGAGAUGAACUAAUAAACAGAUUUAAAGAUCAUCGGCCAACUUUUAAAGGCUUAUCUAUUGAAGAACGGUUCCAACUACUAACUGGUGAAACACAGCAAUCUUUGUAUUAUGGUAAAAUGAUUACUUGUGUAGUUACAGGUUUUGCAUGUAAAAAACCUACUAGAGAACAGUUAGACUCUGCUAACCCUACUAGAAAUGAUGAAACAAAUUUAUGGAGAUGUCCUUUCUGUUUACGAGACAAUUUUUUUGAACUGAGUGAGGUUUGGACACACUUUGAUAAUGGAAGCUGUCCAGGUCAAUCUAUUGGAGUCCGAACUCGAUUAGAAAAUGGGAUAAAUGGCUUCAUUAGUACAAAGAACAUUAGUGACAAGGGUUGUAAAAGACCAGAGGAAAGAGUAAAGGUUGGCAUGACCCUUCAUGCUAGAGUAAUAAAAAUUAAUUAUGAGCGCAUACAAGUUGAUCUUACCUGCAAGACAUCAGAUCUAACAGAUGCUCAUGGAAAUUUUAGUCCACCGCGUGACAUGUAUUAUGAUCAGGAAGCAGCAGAUAAAGACAAAAAAGCUGAAGAACUUUUAAAAAUUGCUUUAACUAAAAGAACCACUUAUGUGAAGCGUGUUAUUGCUCAUCCAUCAUUUAAGAAUGUCACUUUUAAAGAUGCUGAAAAACUUCUUGAAACAAUGGAUCAGGGAGAGUGCAUUGUUCGACCUUCAAGCAAGGGGACAGAUCAUUUAACAGUAACAUGGAAAGUAGACAAUGGAAUUUAUCAACAUAUCGAUGUUCGGGAGGAGGGUAAAGAAAAUGCAUUUAGUAUUGGCAGAUCAUUAUGGAUUGACAAUGAAGAGUAUGAAGAUCUUGAUGAAGUCAUGGCUCAUCAUAUUUCUCCGAUGGCCACACACGCUAGAGAAUUGUUAAACCAUAAAUAUUACAAAGAAACUGGAGGUGUAAGAGCAAAACUUGAAGAGAUUCUUACACAAGAAAAAAGAAAAACUCCUGGACGCAUACCUUAUUUUUUUGCUAGCAACAAACAGUAUCCUGGAAAAUUUAUGUUAGGUUAUAUGCCACGUUUAAAGCCUAAAAUUGAGUUUGUUACGGUAACACGAGAUGGUUUUCGUUACCGUGGAAGAAUACAUGCAAAUACUAAUAAUCUGCUAAAAUGGUUUAAGGAGCACUUUCGAGAUCCAAUUCCAGGAGUUGGUACUCCACUACGUCGAACUCCUCACAACCAAACGCCGAUGUCAAUAAUUGGCAGCACUCCAUACACUCCCGGUGCUACACCUUCCAAUCUUAUUUCUGAAGACGAAGCUGCUAAACUUCUACAACAGGCGUUUCCAGCCGGCUUUGAUCAUCAAAUGUAUAAUUCGCUUACUAUGACUCCAGCCCGAUCAACACCAGGUUUUUCUACACCUGGGAGCUUUUCGAUAGGGAAUUUAACUCCAUUAUUAGAUAAUCGUCCAACUGAAGUGGAAGGUAGUUUUGCCCAAUGGGCUAACCAAGGACAAAAUUAUGGGGGUAAUUCUAAUAAUAAGUUUAAAAGAGAUCGUGGUGGAAAGGUUGGUUUUCAAGGAAGGGGCGGAUAUCAAGGUAAUCGUUCAUUCGAUCGUAAUAGAAGUGACAAUCAGCGAAAUGACGGCCAAAGAAGACAUCGUAGAUAAAUUCUAAUACUCUUAACGAAGUUUAUUAAUAGUAUUUUUAUGUUAAUAAAUUAUUAUUUAUAGCAGAAAAAGUAGAUGAGUAUUAAAUACAAAUUGUAAAAACAACAA